CUCCCAUGUCUCUGGUCUAGCUCCUUCUACUCUUUUAAAAGGGUACUCUUGCUCUUACCCUAUUGCCUGUUUCAGUAUCUUUUUUCUCAACAGGUGGAGAGGUAUCUGAUCUAAUCAAUAGGUAUCUAAUUUGAUUGUCCAUCCUUCCUGUGCAAGAGACAUGAAACUCUGAACUGUCAUAGGGCAUGUUUUUCAUUAAGCUUGCCAGAGUUAAGUCAUGGGGACACUGAAAGUGGUUUUCAGUCUAGAUUGAUGCAUGUGGCUUCCCAGUUCCUUAUCUCUCUGCUCUGUGUACCUGCCACUUACCAUCCGAGUCCAGGUGAAAAGAGGGGAACGUAGUUAGCAUGUCCCAGCAGUGUCGGGUGCCAGGUAACAAGUGGGCAGUGGUUUACUGCUGGCUGCAUAUGCAAAAGAAGGAAAGAAUUCAUUUGAUGCUAGUUUUUUUAAUUCAGUUUUAGACAGCUUUACAAAACCUGAUGUUUUGCUGACACAGCUGUAAAAUGGCUUUAUUUAAAGCUUUUGUAAAAAUGAGCAGACAGUCCUAGAUUAGUAUGCUGUAGUUGAGACAAUUCUUGUAGUAGGCUACAGCUUGGGCCUAAGGAGAAAUGUCUGCAUUUGAGCUAACGGGGGAUGAGUGAGGGAACAUGGGAACUCGAGCACGCUAUGACUUGGACAAGUCUCUCAGCAAGGAGAUCUCGUAUUGUUGAAUGCUUGUGAGCAGUCCUGGAAGUCAGAUUUUGAGGAAACUGCCUCUGGUCCCCAAUUUCUGAUCGUGGUUGUGCAAUAUAUGGGAAGCAAUUGGACACACAGGAGACAUAUCCCAGUCAAGAGACACCUGGGGCAGCACUCUCCUACUGCCAAGAGAAGCUGAGGAGCAGGAGCUGCUGGCUAAGUGCUUGCUUCAAGUUAGACUGCUUUGUUAGCUGGACAAUUGCUUGCCUCGAUAAUGGUAUAAAUAUCCCUGUCCUAGGGUAGAGGUUCAUGGAAACAUGAGUGAAGUAGUUUGCCCACUUGUAGUAACAUGUCUCUGACAGCUAUGCGGCUUCUUCAGGCCAAUGUAAAUCUCUGCUCCUUAGGUGGCUUUCCAGAAUUCACUGAGGCUGUCUGAAAAGUUGUGCUGGUUGAAUGUUUCAUGGUUUAGCAGGGAAGCCUGGGCAUGGGAUGUAGCCAGCAUGCCUCUCCAGAGGCACAGUUUCACUUGGGAAACUGUGUGCCAGGGCCAGGGUACCGCAGAGUGCGGGCAAGUCUGGCAGUCAAACGUUCUGGCAGACCUGUCAUCUCCGCAGCAUACGGCUCUCUGAACACUGAGUGAGGUUUGCUUGUGAGAGCAAUAGGAUGAAAGCUGGCUGGCAGAAGAGGCUGAAGAGCUUGGCUUAGUGCUGCUUACCCUUUCUGUGGGGCACAAGUGAAUUGCAUGUGUUUUUAAAAAGGAGGCGCUAGGGCCCCAGGUUGUGUUUUGUUUUUUUAUUUGACCAUGGUAUGUGUUACGCACUAAUUUCCUUUAAGACUUGUGAUGAAGUCAUAAACCACAGCCUACAGCAAGUGCUCUCCAGGCUGUUGCUUUCCGCUGUGACACGCAUUUGACAUGUCCGUUCCCAGGUUUGGCAGACCGGUCUCGCUCUGUCUCUUGCAACAUGGACCAGAGGGAAAUUCUGCUGCAAAACCUGGAAAGGGCCCAAAGCAAGAAGCUCAACCAAGAAGAAUUUGUAGACGAAUUUUUGAAGCUGAAAAAGCAGUCAACAAAGUACAGAUCGGAUAAAAUCUACCCUACAGCAGCAUCUGAACAACCAGAGAACAUCAAGAAGAACAGAUACAAGGACAUCUUACCCUUUGACCAUAGCAGAGUGGAGCUGUCCCUGAUAACAUCAGAUGCAGAUUCUCAUUACAUCAACGCCAACUUCAUCAAGGGCGUCUAUGGGCCAAGGGCAUAUAUUGCAACCCAGGGUCCUCUCUCCACUACUGUCAUUGACUUUUGGAGGAUGAUUUGGGAGUAUGAAGUCCUGAUUGUGGUCAUGGCUUGUAUGGAGUUUGAAAUGGGAAAGAAAAAAUGUGAGCGGUACUGGGCAGAGGUGGGUGACUCUUCCCUGCAGCGUGGUCCUUUCUCCAUUGCCUGUGAAGCUGAAGACAAGAAGAAUGAGUAUGUGAUUAGGACUUUAAAGGUGACCCUGAAUGAAGAAAUCCGCACCGUCUAUCAGUUCCACUAUAAAAACUGGCCAGACCAUGAUGUUCCCUCUUCCAUUGAUCCCAUUUUGGAACUCAUCUGUGAGAUUCGUUGCUACCAGCCAGAUGACAAUGUUCCUCUCUGCAUCCACUGCAGUGCUGGCUGUGGGAGAACAGGAGUCAUCUGUGCUAUUGACUACACCCGGAAGCUGCUGAAGGACGGAAUUGUUCCAGUGAACUUCAGUAUUUUUAGUCUGAUCCAGGAAAUGCGCACACAAAGGCCUUCAAUUGUGCAAACCAAGGAGCAGUAUGAGCUGGUUUAUGAUGCUGUGAUUGAACUCCUGAAAAGGCAGAUUAAAGCACUUGAUGCCCAAGAAGAUUCUGCUGCUUCACAGAUUCAAACCAAGUAUCCUGUAGCCAAGCCACUUCUGACUUCAGUGAGAGAAAUUUAUUCUCUGAAAUUACCAAACUGCUCAGGGCAAGAGGAGCAGGACAUACAUCAACAUUAUCCUCCUGUGGUGCAAAGUGAAGCAUCCCUGACAUCGUUGUCUGCCACAGGAGUACUUGACAGCUCUGGGCAUGGAGUCCCUGCCAUUAGACAGGCCGUUUCCUUUGGGACUUUGAACUGCAGCAACAGUGGGAAGGCAGUUACUGCUGAAAAGUGGGGCACAGGGGAAGCUCUCCAGAAACACCAUAGUUUGGAGUUCAACAGCGUCUCUUCUGAGCAGCUGCUUCUCAACUUGAAACCUAAGGGAGUAGGCAGGAGAUGGCCUCAUGACAAAGCACCUCUGACACGGACUAAAUCAACCCCUUUUGUGCUGGUGCAGCAGAGAGAAGCCCAGGAAUGGGAUGGAGGGGAUGUAAAGCCUCUUUUGAGUUCACAGUUGCCAAAUGCCUGUUGUCCAAGUUCUCAGGUAAAGAAGCAGGCUGGUUUUUCCUCUUUUGAGCCGAACCACUCAAGCAGAGCAGUGGACUGCCCCCCAAGACACAGGAACAGUAGGCAAUGUCCUCACCCUCACCUUUGUUCAGCAGAAGACCCUUACUUCUCAUCACUCUCUUCAGAUGAUCCCGCAUCCCCAGUGUUUACUGAGUGCUUUGCAGAGGGACAUGAUGCAAUUUUCCCUUCUUGUACUGUGACUGCCCCAGUGCAGCCUGCCUUGACCAGUUCAUCACCCAGGCCUGUGUCCCAGCAUGCUCCCCUGUUGAACGAUGAGAGGAUAUCCUCACUCACCCUCUUGCCACAGCCAGACGAAGAUGAUCCUCCGCCCCUGCCUGAGCGAACCCCAGAGUCCUUUAUUGUGGCCAGUGAAUCAGGUGAAUUCCCUCUGGCAGCUUCUGAUUUUCAGCCCCCAGCCAGAAAUAAAAACAUUGGAACCUCUCUGGAGUGGAAUGGUGUGUCUCAUCCAGAGGUUUUUAAUGACCCAGUGAGACUGAGACCAUGUAAGAGUGUGAAGCUGCGGAGCUGCCAAUCAGAGAGAAACAGGGAUCACUCUAACUCCCCUCCUCCACUUCCUGAAAGAACCCCGGAGUCGUUUGUUCUUGCUGAUGCAACAAGUCUGCAGCCUGCUGCAAGGAAUUCCACAAGUAGCCCUUGGGACUUAGGGAACAAAGCUUCUGAAAUAUCGUCAAAAGAGCCUAUGACAUGCUUCAGGAGAAGCAAGAGCUUGAAAAUACUGAAAAAUGUGAGAAAGAGUAUCUGUAGUCCGUCUUCACUGACAAAACCAUCAGAAUCUACCCCGUCAAACCAUUCAAGCUCUUUUCUUAAUUUUGGCUUUGCAAAUCGAUUUUCGAAACCUAAAGGACCAAGAAAUCCGCCAACAACAUGGAAUAUUUAGAUGAACUUUAUAGAUUCUGUGUUACAGAUUUGUGAAGUCCUUCUGGCAUGCCUUGAGUGCUCUUCCCAAUAAGAUUUUCACCAGAAUAAGUGCAUCAAAGUGUGUUGCACAAUAUUUGCAGUUGAGGCACUACUUGCACAUUCUUUAUCAACUGCAGUCUUAAAAUAAAGAAGACUAUACAAAUAGCAGCAGCUUGGCACUUUCAGUUAACUUCCAACAGGAUGGAAGCUGGAAAAAAAUAGAUAUUUUAUCCUAGUAAGUGACAUUUUUAUCUUGUUUUGGGAUGUAUUGACUUCAAAAUGAUGGACUUGAGUCUUCAAAACAAAGCGGUGUUAACUGGGAGUUGGUUCCAGUGAAGACAACGGAAUGAUAUGGAAGUCUAAGGGACUGGACCAAAAACACGAAUCGGGAUGCUGCAAACAUAGUGUCUGUAUAACUUCACUCACAAUGCAUACUUCUACUGUAAUCGAAGAUCUACGUUUGCUUAUAUGUUUACAGUACUGGGACUAAGAGAAUUAAUAUCUCGGAUUUUAGAAAGACUUUGUAAGUUAAUUAAAUUGUGCCUUUUUUUUUAAUCUCAGGCAGAUAAUUUUUCUAGAUUAUUUUGGUCAGUGAGACUAAGAUGUUUGAUUGUUCAUAUAGAAACUAAACUCAUAUAUAAACAGACUGCAUAAUUAGCUGGCCUAACUGCCCUCACCAUCUGAAAAAAAAAAUAUAGCAAGCAAAAUGUAAAUGUAUUUUAAAGGCAAUGCCGUUUUUAAGGAUUUCUGAUGCUUCAACUCAACACAGACAUACAAAGUUUCAGGCAGAUAACUUGGCAGGCAGAUUUCUAGACUGACACCCCCUUCCCCAGUCUGGAAGCUCUUUUCCUGUUAUUUAUAUCUGAGGUGAGGAGAGGCCAAGAUGUUGAAAACUGCUUCAUAUGCUUGUUUUCCUGUGGGGCCUGCGCCAUCCUCUGUUUAAUUUAAAGCAGUCUUAAUUAACAACAAAAGCUUACGACAGCAAGUCAGAAGGAAUAAAACUGACAGCUAUUUUUAUUUAAUGUCUUUUACAGUGGAGUAUCUUCAAACGUUGGACUAAAAUUCAGUGAGCCCAUAUUUAAUUUAUGAAGCAUUUUAUGACCUGGGUGAGAAAUGCUGUAAAAAAUAA